AUGCCAGAGACACAGCAGGAUAAACCUCCCGAAAGAGAGUCUUGGAAGGAACAACCCCCCUAUCGUGUCCACGAAGUCGGCAAUUUUGACGUCAAAUGGAAAGGAAAAUGUCACUGCGGCGCCGUGGAGUAUCAGCUGAGCCGAGACAAGCCUUUAGCCUCGAAGUACUGCCACUGCACCACAUGUCAACAGCUUCAUGGAGCCCCCUUCCAAUGGGCGGCCAUCUUCCACAAAACCGACAUCAACUUCCCCCGUGGCCACCACAACCUCGCAUGGUAUGACUCAGCCAACAAGUCGCGAACCCACCAUUUGCCGUGCAAAGUGCAGUGUGUGUACUGCCGGACGCCGAUUAUGGACGAAGGGCGGAAUAUGAUUCUGGUGUUUCCGACGCUGAUAGAGGGGAUUCAUACACGCGAGGGCCGGGAGGCGUUUGAGGUGCAGAGUCAUAUGUUUUAUUUGCAGCGGGUGGUGGAUCUUAGGGAUGGGAAACCGAAGUUUAGGGGGUUGUCGGGGGGGAGUGAACGGGUGGAUGAGGAGACGGGGGAGGUGGUUGAGGGGAAGUAG